AUGAGGCUGGAUCACGACAAGGCAUCAACGCCACUGCCUUCCACUCAGUACGAAAUCAUGCGCGACGCUGGCUUCAGGCACCUGGAAGACACAGAGAACGACGACCAAAGAGCUACGCAACGGUUGACUGCUCGACCCACGAUCAUAGGGGACAACCACGCCGCACCAAAUGCCAUCAUCGAGAGUAUCGAAUGCAUCAACUUCAUGUGCCACGUCCGGCUGCAUUGCGAGCUUGGACCGCUCCUGAACUUUAUAGUCGGCGAGAACGGAAGUGGCAAGAGCGCAAUCUUGACCGCCAUCACGUUGUGUCUCGGAGGCAAGGCCAGUGCCACAAACCGUGGCGGCAGUCUUCGCAGCUUCGUUAAAGAGGGCCAGGAACAUGCCAGUCUGAUAGUCAAGAUCAAGAACCAGGGCGACGACGCGUAUAAAAGAGACGUAUUUGGCGAUUCCAUCAUUGUCGAGCGUCACUUCACACGAUCUGGUACGAGCGGGUUCAAGCUCAAGGCCGAAUCAGGUCGAACCAUAUCCACCAAGAAGAGUGACGUCGAUGACGUGGUUGAAUACUACUGUCUGCAAGUCGACAACCCGUUGAACGUACUCUCUCAAGACAAUGCUCGACAGUUCCUGAACGCCGCGACUCCGGCCCAAAAGUACAAAUACUUCACUCUAGGUACUCAGCUGGAACAACUUUCGAAUGACUACCAGCUCAUACUCGAAUAUCUCGAUGCCAGCGAGGCUAAGCUCUACGGCUUUGACGAAGAAAUCAAGCAUUUGCAAGAUGAAGCCGAGAAGGCUGUCAAACUACGAGACGCCUUACAGAAGACAGCAGAGAUGAAAGCGAAGCAAAAGUUGUACGUUUACAAGAUGGCAUGGGCCCAGAUCAAAACGCAGGAAGAUCUUGUCAGCGAGAAGGAAGCGAAGGUCGUAGCGGCCCAGAAGGAGGUGGAAGAGACCGAAAGGAGGAUCGCCGAGACAACGAGGACCCUCGACGAGCUUGACAGUAGGAUUUCAGCGGCGCGUCAUGCUGUGGAGGAAUUACGACAUGAACACGAUCAGUUGCGCGACGCGGAGAUUGACGCUCGAACAUGCUUCGACACUGCAAGGACGGAGAUCCAAAAGUUGCACGUAAGCGAACGAGACAUUCACACGCAGCUCUCCAAAGCCAGAAGUAUGGUAGAGCAGCACAAAGCAGAUAUUCAGAAGGAAGAAGAGAGGCUCGAACGUGUAAACGGAGGUGCCAUUCUGAAGGCACAAACCGAGCGAACAGAGGCUGAGCAAGCGAGAGAGCUGGCCAAUAAAGCUGUACAGGACCAUCUUGACCAAGAACCAGAACUCAAGGCUGCGUUGGCAAGAGCGGAGGAAGCAGCACAGAGGUCAGCAAGCGAUGUCGAGCCAAAGCGCAGGGCUCUGGCCGAAGCCGAAGUCAAGGUUCGGGAUCUGAACAGGAAACGGACUGAUCCCUUCGCGGCGUUCGGACCUCGACUUCCCCAACUUCUGCAGGCCAUCGCAACCGAUGAUGGCUUUGGGGCCAAGCCAAUCGGACCUCUUGGACCGAUGAUACAGAUCACAAAGCCCAAAUGGGCGCCUGUGGUCGAGAAUCUUUGUGGCCUAUCCUUGAGCUCCUUUUUGGUCGAAAGCAAAAGGGAUCAAAUUCGACUCAAGUCUCUCAUGGAUCGUCUGGGCAUCAGAGAGCAUCCCAUCGUCAUCCUCGCGAAGACCUCCUUGGGAACUCUGAAGGAACCAGAUCCCAGCUUCGAAACUGUGCUGAGGAUUCUCAAAUUCGACGACCAGCGCGUGAGGGAUCUGCUAGUGAUCAAUCAUCGUAUUGAGCAAGCUCUCUUGGUUGAAACUAGGAUCGCGGCUCAAAGCAUCAUGUUUGAUGAUCAGCCACCUCAGCACGCUGCAUUCUGCAUGACGUUUCAUGACGGCAGGCGUGAUCUAGGCCUCCGUCUUAGAAAUGAACGCGGGAAUCUGAGUUCAUCACCCUUCCCCCUGAGAUACGACCUAAAGUCUCGCCUGAGGUCGGACGAGGAGACAGACCUAAAGUUUCAUCAAUCUCGCGUGGAACAACUACGCAGCGAACUUCGAGACGUGGAAGCGGCCCGAAGAACAGAUCAGCAGGCGGUUCAGCGUUGUACUCAGGCAUUGGUUCAACACAAGAGGCAGAUUAAUGUGCUGAACAAUGCUCUCACUUCAGCUGUCGAGCGGGUCGACGCGGCUCAGGAGGCACUCGACGACCUCGCCGGAGCACAAAACAAGCUGAGUGUUUACCGAGAGCAUCUUAAAGAUGCUGAGGAGCAACGAGAGACAUACGGCAAUCAAUAUGGCGAGCUUCGUGUCCACAAGCAGGAUAUGAACGCAGAAAUGGACGAGCUCAAACAGAAGCUUGCGAACGCCAAACUCGCUGUUGCAGAGAACAAUGCCAAGAUCGCAAAAGUCGAGACAAAAAUCAAGAACUACGAGGCGUCGCGGUACACAGUCGUCGUCGAAAAGAAUGCUGCACACGAGAAUCACGACCUUGCAAAGGAGUCCAAGCGAGCAGCCGAGGCAUCUCAACAGCGGCAUAUUGUGCACCUCAAGGAGCUUACCGCGCAGGCUCAAGAAGUUCAUGCUGAAAGAGUCUGGCUGGAUGAGGGUGAAACUUACGAAAGUAUAGAACGGAAGUGGCAGAGUCAAGGCGAACAACUCAGGAAGAUCCGGCAGCAACUGGGGGGGACCGACGAGCAGAUCAACAACCGAGCCGCAGAGAGUAUGGCGAGGUGGCGCCGGACCAGAGCUGACCACAAAAAUGUGCGAAACCUAGUGGACUCGCUGAAACAAGCACUCACAGAUCGCCUGGAUCGAUGGCGAACGUUCCAGCGCCUCAUCUCCGCUCAGGCCCGCGUCAACUUCCAGUACCUCCUCAGUGAGCGUGGGUUUCGAGGUAGACUCUUGCUGGACCACCAGCACAAGAAGCUCGAGUUGCAGGUCGAGCCAGAUCAGACACGGAGAGGCGGAUCUGGACGCAACACGAAGACGCUGUCUGGUGGCGAGAAGUCAUUCUCGUCGAUAUGCAUGUUGUUGGCUAUUUGGGACGCCAUGGGAUCUCCAUUGCGCUGCUUAGAUGAAUUUGACGUGUUCAUGGAUAAUGUCAACCGUGCGAUCAGUACCAAUAUGCUGAUAACCGCCGCACGCCGCUCAGUUGGGAAACAAUUCAUCCUGAUCACGCCAAAUGCGAUUGAGGGCCGGGCAGUUGUUGACAAGGAUGUCAAAAUCAUCAGGCUGGUCGAUCCUCGGCAAAGACGUAUUGACGACUUGUAA